GUCGCUUUGUCUCUCUUGCACCUGUGUAGGUGUAUGAUUACAAAUUCUCUCUUACUUUCAAACAGCCUCUGACCGUGUAUCAGCAAUUGAUAUCACGGCAGCAAAUCACCACUGUUGGUUGAUUUGAACUCGGUGGCUGGGGGUUAUUUUGCCUAAAUUUUUAGUUCAAAUUCAAACAAAAAUUCUAUUCAAAAACACUACCAAAAAUUCAAAAUUUUCUUUAUUUUUCUUCGUGCUUUUAGUACCUUCCUGCGGGUCUUGGUGUGGUUGGUGGUUUGGUUCUGGUCCUGGCUUGGUAGGUGUUGUCGUGUUGCGGGGGGACCAGGCUUGGUAGUUGUUGUCGUGUUGGCACUGGUCGUGUCUUGGUGUCAGCGCUCAAGGCUGUGCCGUUAGAAUGUCAACCGAAUUUUCACGGUGUGAAGACAAUCAACGACGAAGAAACGCGGGCGGUGUGAACACUGGCCAUCUUGCAUGUCAAGCAGAAUCUAGGUGGGAUUCAGUGUUUCUUAGUCGCAAUCAAUCUAUGGUGACUAUCGUCACAGCCUGUGGGGAAAAAUUUAGCGUUCCAAACAACACACAAAUUUUGACGUCUCAGUCAGGGGGUAAAACAUGAAAGUUCAAAUUUGUUCUAAUCACCCUAAAUUUAUGAGAAAUCCGAUCAACCAUCGUUGAUC